AUAAAAAUAAUAAUUUUGAAUAUCAUAAGACAAGAAAAAUAAUAUCAUAUAUCAAACGAAAUGCUCGUUUUCAUCAUGAUUUUAGUCGUGAAUGCCUGCUUUGCUGGUACCAUCCCCGCUACGCCGGAGAAUAUUACAGUGACAUUUUUAACACCAACAACCGUACGAGUGUCCUGGCAAACUAUGAUUGAUCUGAAUGCACAUCCAGUCGAAAAGUAUAUUGUGACUUAUAAGCCAACAGAUGACAGUUACAGGGUUGUCCAGGAUGUCGCAGGUAACAGCGAAGCAAUCAUCUUAGAUCGCCUAUCACCCAGCACACAGUACUCAAUAGCAGUGACGGCCAUUUGGCUUGGUAAAAAGUACCGCAGCAGGCAAAUAAUAUUUAGAACACUUGAUAUGCCAAAACCUGCUCUACAACAAGACUUCUCAGCGGCAUCUAACUUAGGUGCAGGCAGCAAUAUUAAUUUUGGGCCAAAUUAUGGUGGUAGAACAACCAAUAGUAGUAUAUUUUCGGAUGAUGUCACUUCCACAGCAACAAAUAAUUUUGCACAGGGUACACACAGGGAACUACCAACGAUUCGCGGUGUAGAAAUCGGAAUUGUACUGAUAGUGUUAAUGGUGUGGGCUGGAGCCAUAGCACUUUUCUUUAAUCGUUGGGGCAAAAUUCGCAUGCUACUUCCAUAUCAGCCUGAUUACAAACAUGAACAGCUCAAAGUGCCAGGAGCAGGUAGCUGCAGUGGAGGCGUUUGCAAUGGAAAUCAUUCACAUCAGAAUUUAAAUAUGUUGCAGGAGGAGCACUCCACAUCUAUAGCAGAACGUUGUACGAGAAGCCGCAUCAAUUCGGCGAUAUUCGUUUCAUCGGAUGGAAGAGGAUUUGAUUCCAUUGAAUUCCUGCGAAGGCAUGGCUCACAAAGUGUACUCUGUCGAAAAGCCAAAAGUGCAGAGAACAUAACUGAUAACGACCGAAAAAAAAGUUUCUCGGAAAAGCGACAAUGGCGCACAAAUGAUGGCACUGAUACUAAUACCGAUGAUGAGACUAGGGAUAAUAUGUGUAUCGAACUACAAGAAUGUAGACCAAUGGUUGAUAAAUCUAAUCGAAAUGAUAGUGAAAUAAGAGCAACAACAAGUUUACUGGGAAAUAUUGCCCCAGUAACCACAUCAAACAUGAUUGUUGGUAGUAUAUCGAUUGAGGCACCACCAGCGUACAUGAAAGACGAUAGUAAUAGUGCUUUAAAUACUAUUCUUGAUAUACAACAAGAACCACUAUUGAUAAGAACGCCUCCAAAAACAACUUCACGUGACUCCACCGAUACAGUCGAAGAACUCAUUCUUGUACCCAAUGAAACUAGAUCUAAAGUAUUAGUACAUCAACGUUCCUCAACAGCUUCAUCCACAGCACGCAGUCAAUCACCGCCAUUUUCAUCAACACACAGUAGUCCGAAAACGCUAACGCUCAAAGGCAUCAAACCAAAAAUUGGUACACUACCUAUGGUUUCAGUAUCAGGUCCUUCACCACCACACGAAAAACCGCCACCGUCCGAUUGCUUGUAACAAAUGGCAGCCGAGACAUUUAUUUAAGAGUGUUUAAAAUCAUGGAAUGGAAGGAAAUUUAUGAUCAUUUGCAGCACUAUAUAAACAUACAAUAUAUAAAAGCCAAAAUAUUAAA